GUAUGCAGCUAUUAGAUUGGCUGCGCUUCCUCUCCAGCUGUACUUCAAAGAACACGCUUGCUACAACUAGGUAGUGCUGGGAGCUGCGAGCCAGGAGAGGAAAACGCGUGUGUCUAAGUCAAUCCGAUCAAUCGGAGUCAAAUUGGAGGCAUUCAGCAGUGACACCGCGAAAACUUUCAUCGCAGCACAUACCCUGGAUAUGGCUACGUCUAUACUUGGGGAAGAGCCGCGAUUUGGAACGACACCUCUAGCGAUGCUGGCUGCAACCUGCAACAAAAUUGGCAACACCAGUCCUCUCACAACUUUACCCGACUCCAGCGCCUUCUCAAAGGGUGGAUUUCAUCCGUGGAAAAGAUCCUCCUCGAGCUGCAACUUGGGAUCCAGUCUCCCCGGUUUUACUGUCUCGACGAGCCGCGCGUCAACAGGACUAACACCGACCAGCGGCACGGGCAACAGCGCCUUCUGCUUAGCCUCCACUUCCCCGACCUCCUCUGCGUUUUCCACAGAAUACAGCGGUCUGUUUUCCAACUCCGCGAGCGUCACGACGCAGGAAUCCGGCCAGUCAGCGUUCAUCUCCAAAGUUCACACAUCAGCAGAGACUCUGUACCCGCGGGUGGGGAUGGCGCACCCCUAUGAGUCGUGGUACAAGUCCGGUUUCCACUCAACCAUCUCCGGUGAAGUGGCAAACGGCGCGUCAUCGUGGUGGGAUGUCCACACGAAUCCCGGCUCGUGGCUGGAUGUGCAGAAUCCCGCCGGCACCCUCCAGACCUCCCUGCACUCCGGGACGCCCCAGGCCAUCCACUCCCAGCUGAGCGGCUACAACCCGGACUUCUCGUCGCUGACCCAUUCGGCGUUCAGCUCCACUGGGAUCAGCCCGUCUGCGUCUCACCUGUUGUCCACCAGCCAGCACCUGUUAACGCAGGACGGCUUCAAAACAGUCAUCCCCACGUACACAGACGCUUCUGCCGCCAAUGCAAUGAUUUCCGGAGGCAGCUCAGGAAUAAGUAGCUCUUCGAGGUCAUCCAGGCGUUACUCCGGCAGAGCAACAUGUGACUGUCCGAACUGCCAAGAGGCCGAGCGGCUGGGGCCCGCGGGGGCCAGCCUGCGCAGAAAGGGACUCCACAGCUGCCACAUCCCCGGCUGCGGUAAAGUCUACGGGAAGACGUCUCACCUCAAAGCGCACCUGAGGUGGCACACCGGCGAGCGGCCUUUCGUUUGCAACUGGCUUUUCUGCGGCAAACGCUUCACGCGCUCCGACGAGCUCCAGAGACACCUGCGCACCCACACCGGCGAGAAACGCUUCGCCUGCCCCGUGUGCAACAAGCGCUUCAUGCGGAGCGACCACCUGAGCAAGCACAUCAAGACGCACACGGCGGGCGGAGGAGGCAAAAAGGGCAGCGACAGCGACACCGACACCAGUAACCUGGAGACCCCGAGGUCCGAGUCCCCUGAACUUAUACUGGAGGGGGUGAACCCCAGGAUCAGUGUGAAGGAUCCGUCCCCGCACGACGAGCCAUGAGGCUGCUACCCCCAAACAAAAUAAGAAUCAAAGAUGCAAAAAGACACGAAAACGGGUUCUAUUUGAGUGAAAACACAGGAGGAAAAAUAUUUCCAGAAAGGAUUUCACAAACUACAGAACAGAUAUUCUCCACAGCCGUGCGCAGUUCAUUCGUAAAUUCAUCUGAAGAAAAAAUAAAAGCUGUGGGCCUUCAGGAUUUUUUUAAGGUAGCUUGAAAUGGAUGUUUGAAGACUCUAUUGGGACAGUCUCAUCUUGUAAAUUAACGACUCACCUGCGUGUUUUUUCAUGUAAAUGUUAGGCUCUGAUUGUUUUUAUUGGUGUUGUUAUCCUGGAAAUCAGGGAGGUUCCUUUUCGACGCACUUUGUGGAUAUGUAUGUACCCGGCUUUUUCACAUUUCGGUUAAUCAUUUUAUUUCUUUUGCUAAAAAAAUAUCUAUAUAUAAAUGUUUACCUGUAUAAAGUCAUACGUAUAAGACUUUCGUUUUAUCGUAAUUAAAAGGUCUGUAAAGGCU